AUGGUCGUGGACACAGACGACUAUGUCGGUGCUCCCAAUGCCCCCGAGAAAGAGUCUGUGGCCAUCAUCAGCCCAGAUGGCGGCCUCGAACACGAAGCUGAUCAACUACAAGACCUGCCUUUGGCCAACGACUAUGAAGCCAUGAAAGAAAUUGUUCUCCCGCCGCUACUCGACGAACCCAAAAUCCUUGAAGACUUUGUACAUACAUGGACCGUAGAGAACUGGCGAAGUCUCGGCAAGAGAGAACAUGGCCCUAUUUUCCAAGCAGGUGGCUUCCCAUGGCGCAUCCUUCUGUUUCCCCACGGAAACAACACUGACCAAUGUUCCAUCUACCUGGAGCAUGGAUUCGAGCCCGAUGCCAUCCCCGAGAAUUGGAGUUGCUGCGUGCAGUUUGGCCUGGUACUUUGGAACCCUAAUGACCCUAGCCUAUAUGUCAACCACGCAGCACAUCAUCGCUUCACUAAAGAAGAAGGGGAUUGGGGCUUCACUCGCUUCGUUGAGAUCAGGAGGAUGUUCAAUGUGCCAUGGGAAGGCGAUAGUCGGCCGCUAGUCGAGAGUGACACCGCUAACAUCACAGCUUACGUCCGCUUUGUUGAAGACGAGACUGGUGUGCUAUGGCACAACUUUGCCAACUACGAUUCAAAGAAAGAAACGGGAUAUGUUGGUCUAAAGAACCAAGGCGCUACCUGCUACCUCAACUCUCUUCUCCAGUCGCUAUAUUUUACAAACGCCUUCAGAAAAGCCAUUUACGAAAUCCCAACCGAAAAUGAUGAGAACAUGCAGAAUUCUGCAUACACUUUACAGAGGCUGUUUUAUCAAUUGCAGACAUCCGAACAAGCUGUUAGCACGAAUGAAUUAACAAAAUCAUUUGGUUGGGAGACGAGGCACAUAUUUGAGCAGCAAGAUGUGCAAGAGCUGUCACGAAAGCUCAUGGAACGCAUGGAGGAGAAGAUGAAGGGUACCAAGGCUGAAAACGUACUGCCUGAGCUCUUCAGUGGUAAGAUCAAGACUUACAUUUCUUGCAUAAAUGUAGACUACGAAUCAAAACGCAUUGAGGAUUUCUGGGAUAUUCAGCUCAACGUUAGUGGCAACAAGAACCUUUUGGAGAGUUUCCAGGACUACAUCCAGGUCGAGAAGAUGGACGGCGAGAACCAGUAUUUUGCAGGCGAUGAGCACAAGUUACAGGACGCCAACAAGGGCGUCAUCUUCAACAGCUUCCCCGACGUGCUGCAUCUUCAACUCAAACGGUUCGAAUAUGACAUCCAAAGAGAUAUGAUGAUGAAGAUCAAUGAUCGCUACGAGUUUCCCGACAUUUUUGACGCCGCCCCUUACCUCGUAGAGGACGCCGACCGUUCUGAACCUUGGAUCUACCAGCUACAUGGAGUCCUCGUCCACAGUGGCGACUUGAACGCCGGACAUUAUUAUGCAUUUAUCAAACCAUCAAAGGAUGGCUGGUUCUACAAAUACGACGAUGAUAAAGUCACAAAGGCUACUUCUCGGGAGGUCUUGGAGGAGAACUAUGGUGGAGAAUACAGAGCAUCCAACGGCUACCUCAGAGCGCCCCUUCAAAAGAAGGCGCCUAUCAUGCGCCAGAACAGUGCUUACAUGUUGGUGUAUAUCCGUCAAACUCGGCUCGACAAGGUCCUAUGUCCAGUUACCAAGGAAGAUACUCCUGCACACCUGCAGAUUAAAUUUGAAGAAGAAAAUGCCAUGAGAGAGGCUCGUCGACGCGAGCAAAAGGAGGCCCACCUGUUUAUGAUGGCCAAGGUGAUUACAAACGACACCUUUGCAAAGUACGGAGGCACCGACCUUUGCGUCUUCGACCCCAUCUCUGAGACCGACCCUGCUUCACCCAAGCUGUACCGCAUUCGCCGAGCUAUGCCGAUGCACGAAUUUGUCGCUCAGGUUGCUGCCGACAUGGGCCAAGAUCCGGCUCGUGUCAGGCUGUGGCUGAUGGUUAACCGCCAAAAUAAAACAAUUCGACCGGAUCAGCCAAUCAUGGAUCUCCGACCAACCGUUGAGGAGGUGUUUUCUCGCUCCGCUGCUCACAGAGACACUAGUCUGCGCGUUUGGGCAGAGGUUGCAGCCGACGUCAACGAAAACGGCGAACCUAUCUGGGCAUCGUACCAGAGCCAGCCAAACGGCGUUGUUGUGAAGAACGAUACCAUUUUAUUGCUACUGAAGAAUUUCGAUGUAGAGAAGCAAACGCUGGAAGGCGUAGGCCACAUCUAUAUCAGCAAAGAGCGAAGGGUCGAUGAACUUGUUCCUAUGAUUCUCCAGAAGAUGGGCUGGGGAGAGAAGCUACCCUCUGAUGAGAAGCUGUUAAUGUGGGAGGAAAUUAAACCGACCAUGAUUGAGCCUCUCAAGGGCAAGCAGACCCUCAAAGCUGCCGAACUUCAGGAUGGUGACAUUGUCUGCUUCCAACGUGUCUCUGACAAGAAACCAGAGAGUGCGCGCGCUUCCGACAAGGCAUCUCAAGACACAAAUAAAUCAUUUGACCGCGUUGAAGAUGCUCGCGAAUACUACGACUUCCUUGAGCAUAAGCGAACCGUAAAAUUCCACGCUCAUCCAACUAGAUCUGACCAGACACAAUACCCCCCAUUCGAGCUCGUUCUCAACUCAAAGAUUACUUAUGAUGUUUUGUCUGACCGAGUCGGCGCGCACCUAAAGGCCCCUUCGACACACAUCCGGCUCUGGACGGUGAACUCGAGCACAAACAACCCCAAGGCUCCUGUAAGACGGGGUACAAACCCAACACUGCGGCAGAUCUUGAACCCCUUGGGCUCAAAUACGUUGAAUGCGACUCAACGAAGUGAUGCUUUUUACUUUGAGGUGCUAGAAAUGAGCUUAGCUGAGCUGGAUACCAAGAAGAACAUCAAGCUCACGUGGCUGAGCGAAGGCAUCACCAAAGAGGACCAACUUGACUUGCUCGUAUCAAAAACGGGAACUAUCGAAGACUUGAUACAAGCUCUGAUUAAGAAGGCCAAGAUCGCCGAUGAGGCGGAAGGCGGAAGAAUACGGGUGUACGAAACAAGUUCUAACAGAUUCUAUCGUGAGCCCGCUCGCGAUCAAUCCGUCCUAAACCUGAACGAGUACACCCAAAUCUUUGCUGAAAGAGUUCCGGAAGAGGAGAGAACGGCUGAUGAUAACAACUUCAUUCAUGUUUUCCACUUUCAAAAUGAAGUCAACAGAGUCCACGGUGUUCCUUUCAAGUUCCUACUCAUCGAGGGCGAGAAAUUUGCCGAUACGAAGAAGAGACUAGAGAAAAGAACUGGCAUCAAAGGCAAGAGUUUCGAAAAGAUCAAAUUUGCCAUUGCCAGACGGGCAAACUAUUCAAAACCACAGUAUCUUAAUGAUGACGACGAGUUAUGGAACAUAGCCUCAUCCGAGGAUGACUAUCUUGGCUUCGAUCAUCCGGAUAGAACAAGGGCCUUGAGAAACGGCGUUGGGGACCUUUUCCUUCGUUAA